AUGUGUAAAAGAAAAACUUACAUAAGAUGUUUUAUGUAAUUUAUUAAUAUAGACUUUGAAUCUUUGUUGACAGGGCUUCAGUGAAGCACUGGGAGAAUAUUUUGUACGAGUAUUUGUCACGUUUCAAGUGUUUGCUUCCUCGUUAAGUCCUUAUACAUUAUGUUAAUGAGCUAGCCUUAUUUUGCAGCUGCUUUUUAAAACUCUUAUUACCUGAUUAGAGUGUUUCUGUUUCCUGUUUGUCGUGUUUUUGAAGAUGCCCCUUAUCUCCAGCCUGCUACAGAAAUGCCCGGGGGCCAGUACCAGGUGACGAGCACCAAGCUCCACCACAGCCUCUACAGCCUGACGGACAGCUCGGUCGCCGACCCCGAGGAUGAGGAGGCCGAGGCCCCGCUGCCCCUCACCCCGCUGCAGAAGCUCACCACCAACAUGUGCAAGGACGAGAAGACCAUCAAGGAGCUGAUCAUAGGCCGCAGGGUGGGCUUCUACAAGGUGCGGGGGGAGAUCGGCUACGGGACGUUCUCCAGGGUGAAAAUGGCUUUUCAUGCUCUGACGAAAGACAAAGUGGCCCUGAAGAUCCUGGACAAGACGAGGCUGGACUUUCAGGCCCAGCGUCUGCUCUCCAGGGAGAUCAGCAGCAUGGAGUCCCUGCAGCACCCCAACGUGGUCCGUCUGUACGAGGUGGUGGAGACGCCGAGCCGCCUCUACCUGGUGCUGGAGUACGCGGGAGGAGGAGACCUCCACAACAGGAUCUGCAACGACGGGAAGUUUUCAGACAACGCCAGCAAGAUCACCUUCGCCCAGAUCCUCUCUGCCAUCAAAUACAUGCACAGCAUCAACAUCAUCCACCGGGACCUGAAGGCGGAGAACGUUCUGUUCACCAGCAGCGGCUGCGUGAAGGUGGCUGACUUCGGGUUCAGCACGCGCGUUUCGAACCGCAGCGACGCCCUCGACACCUUCUGCGGCUCUCCGCCGUACGCCGCCCCGGAGCUCUUCAGGGACGAGUGUUACCUGGGGCCGCCGGUGGACGUGUGGGCCAUGGGCGUCCUGCUCUUCUUCAUGGUGACCGGCACCAUGCCGUUCCGCGCCGAAACCAUGGGCAAGCUGCGGCGCUGCAUCAUCGAAGGCGCCUACACCAUCCCCCCGUGGGUGCCUGGCCCCUGCCAGAGGCUCAUCAAGGGCAUCCUGAAGCCGGUCCCCGCCGAGCGUUACGCCAUCGACCAGAUGAUGGGCUGCGACUGGCUCCUGCCUGUGGAGUUCCCCUGGGUGAUGGUGAGUCCCGAACCGCCCAGCCCCCGGCAGAGCCUGCUGGACUCAGAGUAGGGGACCUAGGAGGAGGAGGACAAGGAGGUCAAGAGCUCGCUGGAGGAGCUCGGAUUCACCACGGAGCACCUUCGGAACAAUCAGACCACGGACAGCCGCAGCCCCGUCACCGGGGUUUAUCGCAUCCUGCUGCACCGAGCGCAGAAGAACAGGGGCUGCGACUGUCCCCCUGUGGUCCGAGGGAUGGUGAGGGACCCCAAGAGAGAGGGGCUCCGGGCCUACAGGGGCCUCAGGCACACCUCCAAGUUCUGUGUGCUUUCAUAACAAACUGCUCUUUUUAUACACACCUCUUUUAUACCAAUAAACAGCAGCAGCACUGAUUUUUUAUUUGAUUUUCCAUCGUGUACGGGACAGUGUAGUUUAAUACUCUUUAUUAUUAUUUGAUUAUUAUCUCCUCCUGUGUAUGAAAGUGCCUGAUGAAACUGUGAAAACAUCUAUUUAAAUUAUUUCCCCUGCAGAUAAAGUGAAUUUAGAAUCAUCCUGUAAAACUGAAAAUACUCUAUCGGCUGCUUUUCUUUAAUUUUAUCAUUUUAAUCCUCUCUGGACCUGCUGAGGGUCCAGACCCUUAGCUUGAGAACCACUUGUUUAACCUGUAAAAUGUUGGGAAGGUAAUGAGAAAUGUUCUUUACUGGUUCUCCGAGGCAAACAGCCAAGAAGACAGCGUUAAUUAAUGAUCAUUAUUUCCUCUAAUCAUUAGAAUCAAACUACUAAUGUUUAUGUUUCUUUAAGGGGAAAGAAGAAGCUCAGAGCCACGUGAACUGUCUCAGUCUCUCAAUCAGACUCUUAUUGUGUAUGAAGAGAUGAAUAAAGUGUAAACUCUGUGCUGCAGAUUUCAUUGUUGAGCUCCAGAGCAGGUGUCUGCUGCUCAUCUCGCGUCUUUGUGGCCUGUUUACCAAAAGUUUCACUAAGUGCCUGCGAGUAAAUAAUAGUCCCGACAGCAGCUGGCAGGACACCAGAUGAUCCUCAGGACCUCUCCCCUCCUCAUCUCCACAACCGGCCCAAACCAGUCAGACCCAAACACCCCAAUAC